AUGUCGUUCAUGUUUGAUAAAAUGAAGGGCGCCGUGAGCUCCGUUGGCAGUGGGUUCGGAGGCGGCAAGGCUACCACUCAUGCUCAUAGUCACCAUUCGGGCGUGUGCUCUGAUGACCAGAACGAACACCACCAUCUGCAUCGGUUUCAGUCGUUUGCACCGCAGCGUGAGGGCAACUCUGUGAAAUGGCACGUCGAUGGCGCUGCCUACAUGUGGGCAGUCUCGGUGGCGUUAGAGCAGGCUCAGCACGAGAUCUGGAUCCUGGACUGGUGGCUCUCGCCCGAGUUGUACCUGCGGAGACCGCCGGCGAAGAACGAGCAGUACCGCCUUGACAAGAUGCUCUUUGCUGCCGCUAAGCGUGGCGUGAAGAUCCACGUCAUUGUCUACAAGGAGGUCACCCAAGCAUUGACUCUCUCCUCCUACCACACCAAACACUGGCUCGAGGACAACGACCCAACCAAGGGCAACAUCAAAGUCUUCAGGCACCCGGAUCAUCUGCCGGACCAGCAGACGAUCACUUCGGACACGUGGCAACGCAUCAAACAGAGUGGUACGAAUGCUUCCAAGCUGGCGUCACUGCCUGGAGACGCUUUGAAGGGCAUCUACGGUGUCUCAGAGGGUACUGUCUUGUACUGGGCCCACCACGAGAAGCUGUGUGCGGUCGACGGCAAGAUUGCUUUCAUGGGCGGACUCGAUCUCUGCUACGGCAGGUGGGACACAAACGAUCAUCCCAUUGCGGACGCCCAUCCCGGCGAUCUCGACUCAAUCGUCUUCCCAGGCCAAGACUACAACAAUGCCCGUAUCAUGGACUUCUCCGACGUCUCCAACUGGCAGAACAAUAAGCUGGACCGCAAGUUCAACUCACGCAUGGGAUGGAGCGAUGUGUCCAUCUCGCUGCGAGGACCAGUUGUUGAGGAUCUGAGGGCCCACUUCGCCCAGCGAUGGAACUACAUCUAUUUUGAGAAAUAUUCGUCGAGAGAUGACCCUCGCUACCACCCCAUCGUCUUCCAAGAGAGCCGCGUCGGUAUCAUUGGUGAACCCUACCAGGCUACUGGAGGUGCGGAACCUGAAGGUCAAGGACAUUACGAGGGUUUCAAGAAGAAGAUGGAAGAUCAGUAUGAAAAGGGUCGCAAGCAUCUUGAGGAGGGCAGGGAGCGCGUCGGCAAAGGCGGUCACGUGCGAGACGAGGGGCGUAGAAUGCUCCAAGAGGGUCAUGAGAAGAUGGAGAUGGAGCGUGAGAAGAUUCGGCAGGGACGUCACGGCGGCCAGCACCGUGGAGACCAUGAAGAUCAUCCCGCUGCCAGCCAUCAGGGUGGCAUGAACUGCCAGAUCAUGCGUUCCUGCUGUGAGUGGUCUCAUGGCGUCCCGGUCGAGCACAGCAUUGCCAACGCCUACAUCGACACCAUCACGAACUCAGAACACUUCGUGUACAUCGAAAACCAGUUCUUCAUCACGGCGACCGCUCCAGAGCAAACACCGGUGCACAACAAGAUUGGCGGUGCUAUUGCAGACCGCAUCAUCAAGGCGGCAAAGAACAGGGAGCAGUGGCAGAUCAUUAUCGCCAUGCCUUCUGUACCUGCGUUUGCUGGAGAUCUCAAGGCUGAUGAUGCUCUUGGUACUCGAGCAAUCAUGGAGUUCCAGUACAACUCGAUCAACCGAGGAGGCCACAGCAUCAUGGAGAAGGUGGCCAAGGCUGGAUUCGAUCCCAUGGACUACAUCCGCUUCUACAAUCUCCGCAACUACGACCGCAUCCACACGUCUGAGAAGAUGAAGGACGUGGAACGCAAAGCGGGCGUGAACUACGAAGACGCUCGUCAGGGCCACGACCAGAAGUUCGCUCACGCAGAAAAGAGCGAGAAGUACGGCAAGGGCCACCACAACCCAAAACACAACGACGAUGCCUACGACAAGUAUCAGGAAGCUGCCAAAGAGGUCCAUGGCGGCAAGUCGCACAGCUGGGACUCCGUCUCGUCGUGCUACAUGCUGGAUGGUGAAGACAUCAGGAAGGUGCCAUGGGACGGCGAUGCACAGUCUGAGCUGGACGCGUUCGUCUCCGAAGAGCUCUACAUCCACUCCAAGCUGCUCAUUGCCGACGAUCGCAAGGUCAUCUGCGGAUCGGCCAACCUCAACGACCGCUCCCAGAUGGGCUCUCACGACUCGGAGAUUGCCAUCCUGGUUGAAGACCAAGACAUGGUGGAAUCCUACAUGGCCGGCAAGCCCUGGCGCGCCUCUAAGUUUGCGACUUCCCUCCGUCGCCAGAUCUUCCGCAAGCAUCUCGGCCUCAUCCCAGCACAAGACUACCGGCGCCCCGACGCCAACUUCUUCCCGAUCGGCCAAGAUCCGAACAAGUACGACUGGGGCAGCCGCGAAGACCAAGCCGUCGCCGACCCCGUCUCACCCUCGUUCCUUAAACUUUGGAAGACCACCGCCCGCAACAACACCGAGGCCUUCCGCCGCGUCUUCCACCCCGUCCCGGACGACUCGGCGAAGAACUGGAAGCAGUACGAUGACUACUACGAGAAGUACUUCAAGCCGCAGGAGGCGAACAAGGAGAAGCAGCAGGGGAAGCAGGAGAAGCCUGCGACGUGGAAGAUCGGGCACGUGGUGAAGGAGGAGUUUAGCCAGGGUGAGAAGGGGUUGCAUGAGGUCAAGGAGAUUCUGAGUCGGGUUAGGGGGACGUUGGUGGAGAUGCCGUUGAUGUUCCUGAAGCAAGAGGAUAUUGCGAAGGAGGGGCUUUCGUUGAACUCGUUGACGGAGGAGGUGUAUACCUAA